CCUCGCGCUGCGCUUCCCGCCUUCGGCCCCCGGCGGCCGGAGCCCUUGAGGCGGUUCGGGCCCCGGCGGGGAGAAGAUGCCGCCCUCCAAGUCCCGCAAGAUCGCCAUCCUGGGCUACAGGAGCGUCGGGAAAUCAUCACUGACUAUUCAGUUUGUGGAAGGACAGUUUGUUGAUUCAUACGACCCUACUAUAGAGAACACAUUUACGAAGCUGAUUACAGUAAAUGGGCAAGAAUAUCAUCUUCAGGUUGUCGACACAGCCGGCCAGGAUGAAUACUCAAUAUUUCCUCAGACCUACUCCAUAGACAUCAAUGGUUACAUUCUUGUCUAUUCAGUCACAUCAAUAAAAAGUUUUGAAGUGAUUAAAGUUAUCCAUGGCAAGUUAUUGGAUAUGGUGGGAAAAGUCCAGAUCCCCAUUAUGCUGGUGGGAAAUAAAAAAGACCUGCACAUGGAACGGGUGAUCAGCUAUGAAGAAGGGAAAGCUUUAGCAGAAUCCUGGAAUGCAGCUUUCUUGGAAUCUUCUGCUAAAGAAAAUCAGACUGCUGUGGACGUUUUCAGGAGGAUAAUUUUGGAGGCAGAAAAAAUAGACGGGGCAUCUUCACAAGGGAAGUCUUCGUGCUCAGUGAUGUGAAUGCACAGCGGUGGCUGAACACUGGGAAAAUACGUUCUUCGGCCUCCAGAAGCAAAACUGCCCGCUCCCUUUCACAGCAAAGCCCCGCUUCUUUUUCUUCUGUUUAACCUGAACAAUAUACAGCCGGUUGGAGACUUUCCCUUCAGAUUAUGUUAAACUCUGACUCCUGUGCAAAAAGAAAAAAAAAAGGCUUCACUUCCAUUUUCAAAUUUUAAGCAAUCAUAUUUUCAAUUUAUAUAUUGUAUUUCUUAAUAUUAUGACCAAGAAUUUUACUGGCAUUAAUUUUUCAGUGUAGUUUGGUUAGAAUAAUCAUCCAGAUGAUGCAUAUUGUUACACUACUAUUAACUAGGCUUGAAUAUCAGUGUUUCUUUGUGUUAAAUGUAUACUUGUAAAUAAAAUAGCUGCAAACCUUA